AUGGAUUUCCACCUUAUUCCUAGGGGGACAGACCGUAAUUAUACGGGUUUCUUCACCAAAACAAUUGUCUACAUCGGUACCCUGGUGGUAUUCCUGCCCGCUCAUCACUACUCCUACGGCCUUCAUCGACGCUGCUCUUCCCUAACCGAUACCUGCGAGAGCUUCCCCGUAAACGAAGACUGUCAUGGCGAAGACCGAUAUUUCUGCUCCAUGUGGCGCUCUGUCGGGUUCCUGAUGUCUUUCGCCGUCGUACUUCAGGGUAUGAGCAUCGUCGCAUACCUCAUAAUUCUUUCCGGAGGGAAAAGACUGCGUGAAAAUGGAUGGCGCAUUCUAAGUCUCUUGAUUAUCUUGUCGGCUAUUAUUCAGGCGGCGAGUAUGUCUAUCGUGGCAUAUCUAUAUGACAAUGAAGACCGGUUCUUCGUUGGCUGGCGACUUGACGAUUCAUGGACCUUUUGCACUGUAAGCUGGUGUGUAAGCUUGAUUUGCGCUGGCGCGGUCAUUGUUGCAGCUCAGAUUCUGCCCUCCGAGGGUGGGUAUGAAUUGAUUCCAGAUCAUGAUCCUAUCAGUGCAGCAUCUUAA